UUGUAUUUCUAUCUUGUAGCAGUUUCAAGAUCCCUGAUUAUCAUGGAUCUCACUGAAACAGAUGUGCUCAUUAUUGGUAAGGUUGACUGGAAAGGAAGACCGGCAACAAAGAAUAAGCAUGGAGGCAUGCAUGCUGCUAUGUUCGUACUUGCAACAUUCGCAUUCGAAAACAUGGCAAACUUGGGACUGGCGGUGAACUUUGUGACUUAUUUUAAUGGGGUAAUGCAUUAUGACAUAGAUGAAGCAGCGAACCAUGUAACCAACUUCUUGGGUACCUGCUAUAUUCUUUCCAUCGUUAUGGCUUGUCUUGCGGAUGCGUACAUAGGACGAUUUAGAACUGUUCUUAUUGCGGCUUGUGUAGAAUGUGUGGGGAUUGCAUUGCUCACACUACAAGCUCACUAUCCAAAGCUCAAACCACCUCAAUGUAACAUUUUUUUGCCAACAUCAAACUGCGAGAAAGUGAAUAAAGGAAAUGCUGUGCUCCUAUUCUUUGCGAUCUACCUUCUAGCUGUAGGUAAUGGGGGUGUAAAAGCAGCACUGCCAUCACACGGAGCAGAUCAAUUUGAACAAAAAGAUAUAAAAGAGGCGAGACACACGCCAACUUUCUUCAACUGUUUGCUACUAGGUGUUGUAGUGGGAGGUUCAGUUAGCUUAACUUGCUUCGUGUGGGUGCAAGUCAACAAAGGCUUUGAUAGGGGAUUUGGGCUUUCGUUUAUCGCCAUGUUCUUGGGUGUAAUUAUCUUUGUUUUUGGAUUACCGUGGUAUCGUAUACAUGUUGUUCAAGGAAGCAGUGCCAUUACAGAAAUUGUACAGGUUUACGUUGCUGCUAUUAGAAAUCGAAAGCUUCCACUUCCCGAUGACCCUUCUGAUCUCCAUGAGAUACCCAUGGAAUGCGAAGCUACACUUCAUCAAGAAUUCUUACCUCACAGAAAUGUUUACAGAUGGCUAGACAAAGCAGCAAUCCAAUCUGGUAACACUGAUCAAUCUCCAAGUCCUUGGAAACUUUGUAGGGUUACACAAGUGGAAAAUGCAAAAAUCUUACUAGCAAUGGUUCCAGUUUUCUUAUGUAGCAUUAUUAUGACACUUUGCUUAGCUCAACUCCAAACAUUUUCAAUACAACAAGGGGCCACCAUGGAUAUUAAGAUAGCUAAUUCUUUUAGCAUUCCACCUGCAUCUCUCCCGAUUAUUCCUGUAAUAUUCCUACUCAUUGCCAUCCCGAUUUAUGACAAAAUCCUUGUACCUUGGAUUCGUAAAUUUACCGGCAUUCCCACUGGCAUAACUUACUUACAAAGAGUAGGUGUGGGGCUUAUUCUCUCUGCAUUAUCAAUGGCAAUUGCCGGUAUUGUGGAAGUAAAGAGAAAAAAUGUCGCUAAACACCACAACAUGCUAGAUGCGACCCCUGUGCUUCAACCAUUGCCCAUUAGUGUCUUCUGGUUGUCCUUCCAAUAUUUUGUUUAUGGUAUAGCUGAUAUGUUCACUUAUGUGGGAUUACUCGAGUUUUUCUAUUCACAAGCACCUCAAUCAAUCAAAUCCAUCUCUUCUUGCUUUCUUUGGAGCUCAAUGGCAUUUGGGUUUUACUUGAGCAGUAUCACCGUGAAGAUAGUGAACCGGGCAACAACAGGGGUCACAAAAACCGGAGGAUGGUUGUCUGGAAACAACCUAAAUCGGAAUCAUUUGGAAAAGUUUUACUGGUUGCUAGCUAUAUUGAGUUUGAUCAAUUUCAUAGUUUAUCUUUUUGUUGCAACCAAGUAUAAGUAUAGGCCACAAAGUCAUGAUGUUGAGGAUGAGUGAAACGCACUUCAAGCGAGGACAUAAAAUCAUCCAAAGGAGGAUUUUUUAUAUGCAAAGUUAAAGAUCUCCAAAUUUAGCUCGAGUUUAUAUUGUUGAUCUUC